AUGGUCCUGAGAAAAUUCUUUACAAACUCCCUUGAAGAGCUUUGCACCAAGGAGCAACUAGAAUUGCUCGACUCCAUUGACACACUACGUUUGCAGGGCAUCAGCCAUUAUAUUUCGCUGCCCCAAAUCAUCGUCUGUGGGGAUCAAUCCUCUGGGAAGAGCUCGGUCCUGGAAGCAAUCUCGGGUGUUUCAUUCCCCGUACGAAGUAACCUCUGUACACGAUUCCCUACAGAGCUCGUCCUCCGCAAGAGCCCCCAGAUCGGGUCGCUAAGUCAGUUCCAUGAAGAACUUGAAGACUUCGAUGGCUUGCCUCGUCUGAUCGACAAUGCCAAGGCCAUCAUGGGCAUCUCUACACAUGGAAAGGCGUUUUCCAAUGAUCUCCUGCGUGUCGAGAUCUCCGGCCCUGACCGGCCCCAUUUGACCAUCGUCGAUCUACCCGGUCUUAUUCAUUCCGAAACCAAGCAGCAGUCGGCAGCGGAUGUGAAACUUGUGCAGGAUGUUGUACAGUCCUAUAUGCAGGAGCCACGUUCAAUUAUCCUGGCUGUGGUGUCUGCCAAGAACGAUUUCGCUAAUCAGAUUGUCCUUAAAUUAGCCCGGGAGGCUGACAGGACCGGAUCGCGGACGUUAGGUGUUAUUACCAAACCGGAUACUCUGACCCCGGGAUCGGAGACCGAGGCGAUGUUUGUUUCCUUGGCGAGGAAUCAAGAGGUCUCCUUCCGUCACGGUUGGCAUGUACUGAAAAACAAGGAUUCAGAGAAGAGCAACGGGACGUUGGUGGAACGGGAUGUGGAGGAAGAACAGUUUUUUGCCAAGGGUGUCUGGCGAGACCUUCCCUCAUCUGACGUUGCUAUUAUGCCUUUUCGGGAGCGCCUAAGCAAGGUACUACUUGGGCAAAUUGCGACUGAACUUCCCAGCCUGAUAGAAGAAAUUCAAGUCCAAGUUGGUGACUGUCAGCGGAAGCUGGAGAGACUCGGACGCCCUCGAACUACUAUAGCUGAGCAAAAGUACUAUCUCUUGCAUAUCAGCCAGAGCUUCCAGAACCUUGUGAGGACUGCCACUGAUGGCACAUACGACGACCCCUUCUUCGAUAGUGCUCAGUCGACGAAUGGUUAUAGCAAACGGAUACGUGCUGUAAUGCAAAAUCUGAAUCAAGAGUUCACUGAAAGGAUCAACUCGGGCGGUCAUUAUCGUGAAAUUACAGAGGGAUGUAAGACCGAAGCAGUAUCGAGACAUCAGAUCCUAGUCACACGAGAAGACUAUAUCCAGCAUAUCCAAGAGGUUCUCAAACGCACGCGAGGCAAAGAGCUCCCUGGAACAUUCAAUCCGUUAAUAAUAGGUGAGCUCUUCCGUGAACAAUCCAGCCAAUGGGAAACUAUCGCGCGAGGUCACGUAACGACCGCCUGGAAUACCGCAAAAAAGUUCGUUAGGGCUGUUGUAUUGCACAUAAGUGAUAUCACUACCUCGAACGCGCUGCUCCAGGAGGUUGUAGACCCGAGGUUUGACCAGCUCCUGAAGGACCUGCAGCAGCGAACCAGUGAUCUUCUUCAGCCCCAUCAGCAGGGCCAUCCAAUCACAUACAAUCACUAUUUUACCGAGAAUCUUCAUCAGGCCCGGCGCGAAGUUUGGGGAGAUAGUCUGUCAAAGAUCAUUCGCAACUUCUUUGGCGUCUCAUCCCUGAAGGAUGUCUAUCUGGAUGAAAGAUCAUAUGAUCUGCAUCGUCUUCGUGAUUCGAUCCUUCAGUCCACAGAGUCUGACAUGAGCCGCUUUGCUGCCACAGAGGCGCUUGAAUGCAUGCUUGCGUACUACAAGGUCGCUCUCAAACGGUUUAUUGACGGUGUGGCGAUCGAGGUCAUCGAGACCAAUCUCAUCAAGCCACUGACAGAUAUGUUUGCACCGUUAAUUGUGUUUGAUAUGCCUGAUGACCUUGCAACGCGUAUUGCGGGAGAGUCAACAGAGAACAAGUCUCGCCGAGAUCAACUCUCCAUAAAGCUGCACAUCCUGCGCAAGGGAUCUGAAACGUGUAGAAGGUUUAUUGGUAUACGAGGGCUCGACAUCGUUGACGAUGGUCGAUCCGACAAGCCGGAUAGUCUGGAAGUUGUUGAUACCCCAAAAGACAGCAUUGCUGAUCCUCACGAAAACGAUAGCCAUUCAUUUAUAGACAUGUCAGUGGACAAUCCCCGUUUUAGUUACAACAUGCACAAUGUUAUUUCUCAAGUUUCCGAUGACACUCCCCCUCCCGUGGAUGAGCCAACCCCUGCAGAGAUAGUCGCUGAAUCGGACUACGAUCAUAUAGUGGAUCAGCCCAAUGAAAGCCCCACCGUUCGAGUAACAGGAUUGAAGAAACCGAAAAAGGGAAAAGGUAAAAAGAAAUCAAAGCGGUAUGACGGCGGGGAAAUAGCAAAGGCACUGGAAUAA